AUGGCGCCGUCAAGUCCGCUACUCUCGCCGUCAGCCGCGGCGCUAUCGUUCCUGAACUCCCACUUUCAGCGGCUCGAAGAUCUCUCGCUCGCGCCGAAUCUCCUAGGCAAUCUCUCCUCGGAGAUUAACGACCUAUUUUCUCUCAAAGACGCGCUCUGUUCGUCUCUCGCCUCCUCGCUCCAACCCGCAGAUGACGACAACCGAACCAGAAGCUCCAGGCACGGCGAACCCGAGCCUGAUGCUCGUCCGGGAAUCGUUUCAUCCGUGGCUGCUCGCGCGCUCCAGUCCAUAGCAGCCACGUCAGAACGAAUAGAAGAAUGCCACGUGCGCGCCUCCGUGGCGGCCGCUGACGUGCAGCCGAUGGUGAAUCGGCUUGCCAGGCUGGCAGCUGAGGUGGCGAGAUGCGAGAGGGUUAGAGGAUACGUCGAGGUGGUGAUCGGUUUUGAGCGGCAAGUGGGAGAUGUGGAGGAGAAAGUGGGAAUGACAGUGGGACUAUGGAGGAAAGAAAUGGGCUCUGCUGCUUCCGCCUCUGCCUCUACCUCUGCCGCUGCUGCAGCCUCUUCUUCCGCCGCUACUAUUGCCAUUGCUGCUCCUGGCGCUGGUGCUGGUGGUGCUGGUGGUGCUGGUCCCGUUGUCACUGCUGCUGCUGCUGCUGCUGCUGCUGCUGCUGCUGCUGCUUCCCCUGCUGCAAGUGCCGCCCCCGUCACUUCCAGGAAGCAACCGUUUUGGAACCCUAAGCUCCUUUCCUCCCUCCGCACGGCCUCGCACGCCGUCCUCACCGCAUCCAACCGCUCCGCGUCCACCUCGCGCCACCACCCGGCCUGGUCCCGCCUGCUGACAGCUGUCGAUCUGCGAUUGGACGCUGCGACUGCCGCCCUGCUAGGCCCUCUGAUGGAUUGCUACAGGGGUUGUCUCGCUGCUGCCAGCUGGCCCCCUCCCCUCAGGAAAGGAGGAGGAGGAGGAGGAGGAGGAGGAGGAGGAGGAGGAGGAGGAGGAGGAGGAGGAGGAGGAGGAGGAGGAGGAGGAGGAGGAGGAAGAGGAGGAGGGGAAGAAGGAGCAGCAGCAGGUGCUCCCGCUAUUGCUGCAGGUUCGGCACUGGAUCGGCUUGCCGGACCUGGAGGUGAGCUUCGGGCUGAGUUCACGAGCCUGUUUUUGGCGCUAUGCUCCCUGCAGCACGCGCAGAAGGUGAGGCGAGAAGCAGAGCAGGUACGGAUUCGAAGCGAAAGCGAGGUAGCAUAUAUGGAGGAUGGAGAGGAGGAAGAGGAGCAGGAAGAGGAGGAGGAGGCAGACCUAGGGAAUAUCCGGAACCUUGAGAUUAUCCAAGUAGAGGAGCCAUUACUAUGGGGGAUGGAGGAGCUGGUUCAGCCAAUAGCGUCGCAGGCCCGGCCUCCUUUCGACCAAUGGGGAGCGAGCGGGCGGACGGAGUGGGCCUUUGCGCUGACCCUCCGUGUGGCGUUGACUGGCGUUGACUCGUUUGACCUGGCGCUACAGCCGCUGGUGGACGAGGAAGGGCUCACAGGGGUGAGUGUGCGGGAGGGCUGGGUUCGGGCUGUGGUCCGGAUGCUCCCGAUCCACUUCCUGCGCAGGUCCGUCGUGCCGAACCUGGCUGGGAAGCUUCUGGGAAACGCUGGAGUGGAUCCCACUGUGGGAGUCUUCGCGGAGCGACCUGAUUGGCUGCUGCUCUGGAUCAAAUUGGAGCACGCCAGCGCACGCAGGGGUGUGCUAGCUGUCAUGGGCAGGGACGCUUCCUGGAAGGUUCCUCGGGAUGGGGAGGAUGAGGCAAGCAUGGGGUUGCUGGAGUUGACUUCUACUGGCCUACUGCUGAAUGUGGUUGACCGUUCUGGAGCAACGGAAACGGCAGGAAAGGGAAUUGUUGAGUUCCGACCACCGCCCGUUGCCCUGCAGCUGAUUGAGAUUCUCCGGGCGGCUGUCUCCCGAUGCGGGCGGCUUUCCGGGACCACGGAGCAGAGGGCAGACGAGAUAGAAGCAGCAGGAGCCCUGGCGAGAGAUGGAGACCUGGAGGAUAUGGCUGGGUGUGCCAAUGCUGCGAGGUUUGUGGCUCAUGCCCUUGGGACGUGGCAGGAUGAAGGGUUCCUCGUGGAGGCAUGGGAGGAAGGGAGGAGGGAGAGGAGGGAGAGGAGGGAGAGGCAAGCGAGGAAGAAGGUGAGGGAGCCUCCUUCGCAGCAGCAGGGGAAGAAGGAGGGUCACCAGCAGCAACAGCAGGAGGAGGAGAAGGAGAGAGAGCAGGCUGAAGGUGCAGGAAGUCGGAAGGUGGAAGGGCAGGAGCAAGAGCAGGAGCAGGAGGAGGAGGGAGGAGGAGAUGGAUGGGAGCUUUUGGAUUCUGAGGAGAAUGAAAUCGAAGGGGAGCAGCAACGGCAGCCUCAGCAACACUGGCAACACCAGCAGGGGGAGAACCAGCAGCAGAAGAAACAUUUGGAGCAGCAAGGAGAGAAGCACACAGGGCAACAAGCAGAGCAGCAGAUGAACCGCAUGCAGGACCUGCUAGACCAGUACUCUGGCCCCGGUCCCGACCUCUUUUCGUCUGAGCUCCACCGCCUCUCCGCCCUGCACUCCACGCUCGUCGCCAGGCUGGCGACAGCUGUCGCGCGCGGAUUAGUCUCCCGCAGUGCAGAGUAUCCCCGUGCCAUUGUGCGCGUCCAGGCCCCUCCUCUCUCCCUUCACUCCCCUCCCUCCCCUCCCACUCCCCCCUCUCCUCCCUCUCCUUCUGGCGAUGCACACACUCCCUCCCUCUCCUCUUCAUCCCUCGCCCUCUCCUCCUCUCUGGUUGAUGCGCUCACCUAUCUCCGCCUCCGAUUACUCUCCGCCCGCCACUCACUCGACGCGGCUCUCUUCUCCUCCUUCUGGCGCCACCUCGCUGCCUUCCUGGACCGGUACCUAGUGGAUAAGGUCGUGCUGGGACGAGAGGUGAGCGUAGGCAUGGGUGUGGGGGUGGGGGUGGGGGUGGGGGUGGGGGUGGGGGUGGGGGUGGGGGGUACAGAGGUGGCUGGAGGGGGAGGGGUUGGAGGAGGUGGAAGGGUGAGCGGAGGGCCAGGUGUUUUUUCAGAUGGGAUGGGGUCCCGGAGUAUGAAGAAUGUGAAGAAGAGUGCUGGUGGUGGGACAGGGCUUGUGUUGGGCAGCUUGAAGUUUUCGGAGCGGGCCGGACAGCAGUAUUCUUAUGACAUGCAGGUGGUGCUGUCUGUGUUUGAGAUCGCUACCCCCCGCCCGCUUAACUUCUUCAAAAAGACGAGAGACGCCGCCCGGCUGAUGGCCAUGACGGAUAGAGAUGCCAACGGGUUACUGUUCAUGCUGUCGCUGGUGAGUGGGUCUGGGGCGGCAUCGUCUUCAUCCUCGUUAUUAUCUUCUUCGUCAAAAGCACUGGCAUUGGCCAGUGCAGCUAUAGGGGCUGCUGGAGCAGCUGCUAUUGGUGCUGGUGGUAGGGAUACCGGUACUGGCAAGGAUUCAGGGGUUGAUAGCCCAGAAGCCAGAGUGCAGCAGCAGGAGCAGCAGCAGCAGGUGGAGGAGGAGGAGAGGCAACAGAGGGCGGCAGCGGCGUUGAGAAGGAGAGGGAUUUUGCAUUUACAGGCAGGGGAAGUGCAAGCUGUGCUAGAGAGACGUGCGCUGCCAAAAAGGUAG